CUGAAAUGUAGAUAGAUAGAUGGAUACUUUAUUAAUCCCGAGGGAAAUUUAGGUCAUCCAGUAGCUUAUACACUUAACUUAACUCACAAACAUACAGACACAAAUCACAAUAGAAUCACAGUAGAAAAACAAUACACAUAGGAAGGACAUGUUCACAGGGAGGAGGGUGUCUCCUCCCUGUGAACAUGUUCUCCCGAUGUGUAUUGUUUCUGAAAUGUCGUGACCGUCUGCCGUAACGCGGCUGUGCGGUGUUACCAACAACCAAACAUGACAAUAAAGUCAUUAACAGACAAAACGAAUAAAUUCUCGACAGUAUUUUUCAAGAUUUUGGGCCGUUUUGUGGAAAUGCUCGUUUAGUUAUCAGCACACCUGCAAGCAUGAGACUGAGUGAGACGAUAUUCACAAUAACACAUCUUUUAUAUGAUGUUUCGACUCUUGGCCAAUCAGCGUUAAGGUGUCUCCAGCGUCUUCAUUGGGGCGUUAGGGUUAGCUAGGAGGCAGAGGCAGAAGCAUUAUUAGGGCCCGAGCACCGACUUAAUCGAAGCGGAGGACAUAUUGUUCUUAAUAUGUUAUUACCCGACGUGUUUUCGGCACAAUCUUUGUUCUUAAUCAGCAUUAGCAGUUUAAAAAGAUUAUGUAAAUGAUUGGAUUUUUUUUCUCUUGCACUCUUGAAUGCAUGUGACGUGGCCCCUGGCUUGGCUAUCUUCAUGUUUCUCAGAAUGCAGCUGCCGAUAACCAGAGUGUGUUUCUCAGCGGUCGCCGCGUGGGGAGAAUCGAUAAGAGACGUGAAGAACCAUAGCAACUGUAUCACUGAAGGAAUCUGGCCACAGGAAGCAUCCUAUUCCAAAAAGAGUGUCUAAGAGUAUAAGCAUCAAUGCCAUGAACUUAGAAAAUGGUCAAUUUAAAAGUAAAAAUAUACAUUUAAAGUACUUUUAAAUGCUGGUUGCCUCGUCUAUGAAUUUGGCAGGAUAAUAAAACAAGUUUUUCAACAUCUCUGUGUGUAAUCUGUCCUCAUCAUGAACACUGUCCAGUUAACAAUGAUCCAAUCAGCAUGGAAAGUAUUACUAUUAAGUAUUAGUCUGACUUGUUAGAUCUGUAGCUGCAAAAUAAGAUGCUUCAUGCCCUGAAAGAAAACAGGCGAAAUUAAAAAUGUGUGAUUCAGGAAAUGGUUAGCACAACAACAAAAAAGAAUCGGGGCUGAACUUAACUCUCGCCCUGAUGAAGAGACGCAGACGGCAAAGGAAGAGGACGGCGUGAGGACAUGGAUCCCAGAGGGCCGGUUGUGGUUCUGUGGCUCUGGAGCUCAGGAUUCUUUCCAGGUCUCCAGACAGAUGAACAUGAUGCUUUCAAAGGAUCCGUCAGGCUGGUGAAUGGGACCAGUCUGUGUUCUGGCCAACUGAAGGUGAAGUCUGACCAGUCGUGGUCCUCGGUGUAUGAGGAUGACUUUGACCAGCAGGAUGCAGAGGUGGUCUGCAGGGAGCUUGGCUGUGGGGCUCCUUCAGUCCUCCAGGGGGCGCUCUAUGGAGACAGCGAGAGUCCAAUGUGGACCAAAGAGUUCCUGUGUGAGGGCCACGAGGCUGUUCUCCUGGAUUGUGACAGCUCAGCUGGAAUCACACACUCUUCUGCCAAAGCUGUUGGACUCAACUGCUCAGAGCCCGAUGACCUCAGGUUGGCGCGAGGAUCCAGUCGCUGUGCUGGUGAACUGGAGAUGAAACAAAUGGGGAAGUGGAACAAAGUGGCCCCCGAGAUAUCUGAGUGGAAUCGAAAGAUGGCGGACAUAAUAUGUGGACAGCUGGACUGCGGCUCUGCUGUUUCAACAGGGAGCAAAAGGAACGACUUCUUCCAAGUCAUGUGGUUGAUGAAAACCGCUUGUCUCCAGCCCAAGAAUGCAGUUCGGGAGUGCUUAUUGACGACCUUUCACCGUUCCCGUUACAACGUUGAGAUCAAGUGCUCAGAAUCCGUCAGGCUGGUGAAUGGGACCAGUCUGUGUUCUGGCCAACUGAAGGUGAAGUCUGACCAGUCGUGGUCCUCGGUGUAUGAGGAUGACUUUGACCAGCAGGAUGCAGAGGUGGUCUGCAGGGAGCUUGGCUGUGGGGCUCCUUCAGUCCUCCAGGGGGCGCUCUAUGGAGACAGCGAGAGUCCAAUGUGGACCAAAGAGUUCCUGUGUGAGGGCCACGAGGCUGUUCUCCUGGAUUGUGACAGCUCAGCUGGAAUCACACACUCUUCUGCCAAAGCUGUUGGACUCAACUGCUCAGAGCCCGAUGACCUCAGGUUGGCGCGAGGAUCCAGUCGCUGUGCUGGUGAACUGGAGAUGAAACAAAUGGGGACGUGGAACAAAGUGGCCGAGAGGUCUGAGUGGAAUCGAAAGAUGGCGGACAUAAUAUGUGGACAGCUGGACUGCGGCUCUGCUGUUUCAAUAGGGAGCAAAAGGAACGACUUCUCCCAAGUCAUGUGGGUGAUGAAAACCGCUUGUCUCCAGCCCAAGAAUGCAGUUCGGGAGUGCUUAUUGAAGACCUUUCACCUUUCCCGUUACAACGUUGAGAUCAAGUGCUCAGAAUCCGUCAGGCUGGUGAAUGGGACCAGUCUGUGUUCUGGCCAACUGAAGGUGAAGUCUGACCAGUCGUGGUCCUCGGUGUAUGAGGAUGACUUUGACCAGCAGGAUGCAGAGGUGGUCUGCAGGGAGCUUGGCUGUGGGGCUCCUUCAGUCCUCCAGGGGGCGCUCUAUGGAGACAGCGAGAGUCCAAUGUGGACCAAAGAGUUCCUGUGUGAGGGCCACGAGGCUGUUCUCCUGGAUUGUGACAGCUCAGCUGGAAUCACACGCUCUUCUGCCAAAGCUGUUGGACUCACCUGCUCAGAGUCUGAUGAGGUCAGAUUGGUCGACGGAUCCAACCACUGCGUUGGUAGACUAGAGCUGAAACACAAGGGAAACUGGAGACCAGUGGACAUCUAUUCGUGGGACCUGAUGUCCGCAGCAGUCGUGUGUCGACAGCUGGACUGUGGCUCUGCUGUUUCAAUAAGAACAAAAGAUGAUUCGUAUCACCCAACGGGAUGGAGAGUCAAAACAUCCUGCGGUCCGUCUGAUUCUACAAUCUGGGAAUGCGUAUUAAUAUGGCCUGCGGAUUACGUGAAGAUUCUGGAGGUCACCUGCUCAGAUUUCCUGUUUCAGCCGAACAUCUCCUUUGCUACUCACCCUGACGGAGUAUCCAGGGCCAUGCAGUGGGGAUUUCAGGUGCUCAUGGGCUCCGAGUUCACGCUCAGCUGCUCCACCCUGCCACAGCACCCAGGAGGCUCCUUCCAGCUGGUUGUGACUGAAUCAGCUACACCGCAGAACUACACUCUGCCAGCUGUCAAUCACUCUGCCCACUUCCUGUUCCCCGCUGCCGGCUCCGCCCACCGAGGGGUCUACCGCUGUGUUUAUCACCUCUAUGUUUUCUCCCACAACUUGUCAUCUGAGAGCCAGCCGCUCCGUCUCACUGUCCUAGCCUCUGUAACACAUCUGCUCAUCCGACUGGGUUUCAUGGUGCUGAUGGUGGUGUUCACUGCUGUCCUCUUCUGCUACUGCAAGGCAAAAACACGGGCAACGCCAAGACGAGAGGAAGCAAACUUCGAGCUGGGUCACCUUGGUGGUGCCAACAACCUGCUGGGCGUAGAGGCCAGAGCCCAGGGGGCAAGGCAGCGAUCUGAUGGAGCUCUCACACAACCAGGGACGUGAUCCUCUAAAUUCACUCUUUAAUAUUGCUCUCAUUGCCAGAGUCCGACCGAGGAGAGGGAAGUGCACACUUUCCCAUGAGAAGUCUCAGUGGCAGAGUAAAGGCAAAGGGUAUGACAUGUAAAUGAAUGGAAUCAUAAUAAAUACAACAUAUUGUAAAGGGGAAAAGAUCAUGUAAUAUGAAUGUACAAUUGUGCUUUUAUGACUAUAUUCUUUUAUUUUUAUAAUUGCUGCACUGAUAUUUCACAUUAAAAGCCUUGCAGUGGCUCACGGGACCCUUAGACAGCAACAGUACUUAUUCAAUUAACUGCUUUCAUACAGGAGAUGUAUACAAUACACCUGUUAUUCCUAAAUGUAAUAUCAAUGGUAACUGGAAUAUGGAUGUACAGCACAGAUUGUUAAAGUUGUAAUUUGUGGAUGAAGUUGAUCAAGUGAGGAAAAUGUGAUGUGGUCCUGUUGCAACGUCAUAUAAUCUGUUGAGUGAACUGUUGCAACAUUAUAUAAUAUGUUGAGUGAACUGAUGCAACAUCAUAUAAUCUGUUGAGUGAACUGUUGCAACAUUAUAUAAUAUGUUGAGUGAACUGUUGCAACGUCAUAUAAUCUGUUGAGUGAACUGUUGCAACAUUAUAUAAUAUGUUGAGUGAACUGUUGCAACAUUAUAUAAUCUGUUGAGUGAACUGUUGCAACGUCAUAUAAUCUGUUGAGUGAACUGUUGCAACAUUAUAUAAUCUGUUGAGUGAACUGUUGCAACGUCAUAUAAUCUGUUGAGUGAACUGUUGCAACAUUAUAUAAUCUGUUGAGUGAACUGUUGCAACAUCAUAUAAUCUGUUGAGUGAACUGUUGCAACAUUAUAUAAUCUGUUGAGUGAACUGUUGCAACAUUAUAUAAUCUGUUGAGUGAACUGUUGCAACGUCAUAUAAUCUGUUGAGUGAACUGUUGCAACAUUCUAUAAUCUGUUGAAUGAACUGUUGCAACAUUAUAUAAUCUGUUAAGUGAACUGUUGCAACAUUAUAUAAUCUGUUGAGUGAACUGUUGCAACAUUAUAUAAUCUGUUGAGUGAACUGUUGCAACAUUAUAUAAUCUGUUGAGUGAACUGUCGUAUAAUCAUAUAAUCUUCAUAUAAUCUUCUGAGCUAGUCAAAGAAAAAACGGUGCUCCUCAUCCUCCAUGAGAGUAAAGAUUAAAACAGUGAAGUGACGAUGGCGAGGGUAAAGUGUCAGCAUGCCCAUUCAUGAUGAAGACGCAUUCUGUCACCGUAAACAAAGUGUAGUCUUCAGUCUCCAGUGAAUUAAGAAAGCGACUGAAAAGUUAAUUUCUUUCAAGGAAACGAUGAGGAAUAUUAAAGAAAUGCUUCUACUUUCA